AAUUUUUAUUAUCAACCUCAAGCUAAGCUCUUCAUAAAUUCGAGCAGAAACAGCCUUGAAAGGAGAGAUGUUUCAGCCAAACAUGAUUGAAAAUCAUCAUCAUCCUCUUGAUAUGAGUCAUAGAGCCCAAGAAAAUAAUCUUCUUAGGCUCAGAGAUGACUAUCUUGAUAGUAAAUCAGGGAACGAUAUCAUGGAAGCCGUUUCAGGCGAUGAUCAAGAUCCUAGUCAACAUGCCAAUAAAAAGAAACGCUACCAUCGCCAUACUCAGCUUCAAAUCCAGGAAAUGGAAGCGUUUUUCAAAGAGUACCCCCAUCCCGAUGAUAAGCAAAGAAAGGAACUUGGAAGAAGACUAUCCUUGGAGCCUUUGCAGGCUCAACAUGAACGCUUUGAUAACUCUAAGCUAAGGAAUGAAAAUGAAAAGCUCCAGGCAGAGAACGUACGGUACAAGGAAGCCCUUGCAAACGCCAUGUGUCCUAACUGUGGAGGCCCAACUGCUAUUGGUGAGAUGUAUUUUGAUGAACAACAGUUGAAGAUUGAAAAUGCUCGUCUACGAGAAGAGAUUGAUAGGAUAUCAGGAAUUGCUGCCAAGUAUAUUGGCAAGCCAAUGCUCUCUAACCCUGAUGCAUCGUCUCAAGGACCCCUUCGCUCACUUGAAUUACCUGUGGCUAGUUUUAGUCCACAACAAGGGAUAGUAGGCGAGAUGUUUUGGUGA